AUGCCUCCUCUCAAAAGCCUCCAAGGACUUCCUAUCAGAAGCAAACAGGUCAUUCCCUCUCCUCCCGCUUCUUCUCCGGCUCCAAAGCCUCCCAAAUUUCACAAGUUUUCCGAACUCCCCGCCGAAAUCCGCAUCAAAAUUUGGAAGUUCGCAAUCAGACCGCAGCUGAUCCAGUAUGAAUUUGACUAUAAACACGGAGCACCCCCCUUGAACAUUCCCAAGGUCAAACCAGGCAGGAUUUCGUGCACCCGAAGUCCUCGCAACUUGCUGGCCACCAACCACGAGGCCCGCGCGAUCGUGAAAAGCCUGAACCCGGACUCCUACGAAUGGAUCCAAGAAGACGAUCGCCUCCUGAUGACCAAGAAUCCGUCGACGAUACCAAUCCCAAUCUUCAACCCUUCCCUCGACACGAUCCUGCUCCAAGGCCUCCACGAGCUCGGCUACUUUAGCUGGGCAUACAGAAUCGACAACGAGCGGCUUGUGCAGUACCAGCAACGGAACAGGCACAUCCGAUCCAUAGCCAUCCAUAGCUUCCUAGAGGCCGCGUCGAUCGUUGCAGGCUCCCACGGCACUCUCUACGAAGCCGACGCCAGAGCGUGCUUCGGAAGUGAGUCGGUGCUAGGGGAACUCUGCUAUCGCGACAUGGAGCGCGGAUUCCUCAGCUACUACCGGCUCGAGGAACUCAUCAUUGUGUAUCCCGGCGGGGAAAAGUCGCCGGAUACGGAAGAUAUGAUGCCCUUGCUUGAAAGGGCGGAGAGAUUAGUGGUCGUGGGCGACGCGGAAGAGACGGAGAGGCGGAUAUCGACCUUCUUGGAGAUGUUCAGCGAGCAGUUGCUGUCGUCGCGGCGCGCUUUUUCUUAUUGGCACCCGGUAGAUGGAGAAUUAGAAGAAGUGGAAACAUCGGAGUGGUGGAAGGAUGCGAAGAUCACGCUGAUGACGGAAGAGGAAUUGAUGCGGAGGUUUCAAUAG